AUUAAACAGACAAGUGUGAAGUCAUUAGUAUCAACAUGAAAUGAUGUGUUUUGAAAUAUGAAAAACCUUUGGAACACAAUAAAACAAGUUUGGUUUUCAUGCUUAUGAGUAAACAUUAUCAUUGUAGAAACAGAUCAGAAAGUUACAUCAAACUGUUUUAUUGGUUUUUCCAUAAUCUUGGCAGUAUUGGAAUCAGUGAUACAAUAAUAUAACAGCUUGUGUGGUAAUAUUUGCAGUUCUCAAUGAAUCUCUGAAUUAUUUUGUUGAAAAUGGGCGAAAUUCAAAAGAACUGAACCAGUCAGAUGAAAAGUUGGAAAAGUUUUGAAGAUUUGAAACAAUUGUAACAGAUUCAACUUGCACAUGAAAUCUUAAACUAACGUGGUUUCUAACUCUGAAGCUCAAUACGUGAAAUUUGUUUGAAUUGAUCUUGGUUCUUAUUUGAAGUCGGACUAUAACUAUUGCCAGUUGAAGGAAGAUUGCCCGAGGUACAAUGCACAAAGCCUUAUAAGUCCAAUCUCAUUUUUGCAGCUACUCUGCGGGGGCUGUUACACGCUGGCAGUGUGAAUAAUUACUGACGGGAAUUUGCAAAAUUCAGUUCAUAUUCUUGGUUAUUAUUGCACUGGCUUCUUGUUCUGUACCGCUAACAAAUACAGAGGAUACACUGUGAAGUCUAAACAGAAGCGCAAGCUUUGAAAGAUAUUGGUUGAACGGUUACGGACCCGCUGCGUAAACUUCAGCCAAGGUUGCGAAGUGGUUACCUCGCUUAUUGAAAUGUUGGCACAUUUAGAAGUGUGUGAUUAUACGAAGAAAGAUAGUGUUACUGGUUUGCCUAGCGCAACUUGUUCAAUAGACCGAUUAUCUGCGCCGGAAGUUGGGAUGUCCCAAGUAUUUGUCUGUAGUAAAGGUUGUGGAUUGCCUCUCUUGUUUCAAGACUCUUCAGAACACGAUUGCGUGAAAUCUUUACAAGCGCAAGUGAGUUCACUGCAAACUAAGUUGACGCGUUCGGAACACGAACGAGAGAAGGUGUCAGCACGUCUUGUAAAACGCGAGGAAGCAAUGCAAGAACGUUUUACACAACUUGAGAGAGAUUUAAGAGCGUAUCAAGAGCAAACGUUGAAUUAUGAACGACGCUCGCGCGAUCAACGAUCACAAAUUAACUACCUGAGAAGGCAACUGGACAGUCGUGGAUCUGACCAGGUAACGGAAGAAAACGAGGUUCGAAUUACCCUAGAGCGUUCAGGCGGGAUACUUGGUUUAAAUAUCCGAGGAGGAACCGAGGAAAACGAUGGACAUUGUGGGAUAUAUGUAUCGAGACUUGUGGAAAAUAGCCCUGCUUCUGAAAAGUUACAACUCUAUGACAGAAUACUUGAGAUUAACGAAGUCGACUUGACGAAUGCAUCGCACCAAGAAGCAGUGAAAGCUUUUAAAAACGCCGGAGAUAAAAUCAGUAUUACCGUACGAAGGCUGUUGAAUUCCAAAGCAGGUGACAUGUUCUCAACUGGGUUUGCCUCUAUUGGAGUACAAACCGAGGCAAUUGAUCCGAGCGAGAUGAACAUUACUUGUUGUCGCUGUAGAAGUAAUCGUUCGUCUCAAGAAUUUUCAUCACAAGGUGCAAUAAAUAUCAUACAUCAAAAGGAGGAUUCUGGAGUUGACGAAAUAGGCGAACAUCAGUCUGACGCUGACGGCUGUGAAGCUAAUGAACUUAAAAACAAUACAGGCUACACCUCAGAUGAUGUAAAACCUCGCGACGAGAUUUUGAAUAGGCUGCUUUUGAACACUUCCCUAGCUGCGUUAGGGAAACGAAGUAGUCGACUACUACCUGCUGAUUCCUGUCAAACACCGUACGAGCCUGAAGAUUCUUCUGAAUUGCAAAGCUUAAGUAAUGGCUACUACUCCGGCAACGUCAGCCAAGCAAGUUUAGAGAAUGUUAAACCGACUGAUAACGGAGGACUGGAGUCGAAUACUCAACGAAUGACUCCUGAUGAGGAAUGUUAUAGUCCAAAUAAUGAAACAGAUCAGUUGUACUUCGAUUCUGAACUGGAAUAUGAAUAUGAGGAAAUAACAAUCAGAAUGUGCGGUCGUAAAGCUCUUGGAAUGAAACUAUAUUCGGGCAAUGACGAAGAUGCAAACUCCGUGUUUGUAGACGAGGUUGACCCCAGAUCUGUGGUUGGCAAUGAUGGCAGAGUGAUUGAAGGAGAUCAAAUUUUGAAGAUUAACGAUUUGGCGGUAACCUGCCUGGAAGAUGCUGUGGAAUUACUAAGUGAAAGGCAUAAUGAAAUAAAAUUUCUUGUUGCAAGACCAGUCGCUGAGCUACAAGCAACAUUACUCGGUGCGGAAAGCGACCAUGGCGAAUUUCACGAUCAAUCCCGAUUUCAUCUCGAAGCCUACCCGAUAGGCGUGAUCCAAGAGGAAGACGAAGAAGAAGCCGAGACGGUCAUCGGCGACAAAUCCCGAGAAGAUGAAAAAGAUAGUGGUUUCGGGAAGACCGACGACAGUACGAAGAAUGAUUCCGAACAAGACGGCGGAGAAGACCGACUUUUGAGGGAUGAGAAAGAACAACACAAAGCACAAAUGGACGCAUUGGGAAAACAAAUCAUUCACUUCACUGCAUGUGCUAGCAACGCCAGAGAACUUGGAUUGCGAGAUAGCCCACGGGAGAAGAGUUCCGAUGAGCACUCGCAACGCUCAGGAGAACGUGAAAAACGUGACGGACGAAGUUCGAAGCAUAGCUCACGCAAAUCCGGAAGUAAAACUUCCUCUGAUGAAAACCAUAGCUCUGGACUUGAACAUAGAAAUAAGAAAUCUCACAAGUCCACCAGAAGUUCCGAGAGCAAUCCAGCUUCAUCCAAGAGCAAAGAGAGGUCAGAAGGAAAAGAAAAGGAGAGAGGUGAGCAUAGGAGAAAGAAGGAGAAAUCCAGGGAUGGCGGGGACUCCAAUAGAUCCGUGAGAUCAUCUAGGGAUGAUCGUGUGAAGAAUGAACGAGGAUUGAAGCAAAACGGCCACUCAUCCUCGAACGAAAAUCCUGAAAUGAAAGUUCAAUGGCGCGUCAGACGAAAUAAAGACGGAAGCCGCAUUUUCAUCAGUAAAAAACUGAAGCCAGCUAAACAAAGACUUUUACGUGAGCGUGCGCAAAAAUUAGCUGAGGAACGUCGGGGACUGACGACAGACGACGAAACACAAUCGGUGUAUCUCGGACGGUACUGGAGCCGAGAAGAUCGUCGCCGUCAACUGGACAAGGUUCGUGAAGCAAGACGAACGAAAAGAGUUGAAAUCGAGGCAGAGAGAAAAGGAAGUGGAACAAGCACUAAGAGAAAUGAUUUUCAAAUCAUUGAACUAACUCAGAAAAAAAUGGCCUGCACAGAGCAGACGUUUGACGACUUUAUGACAGUUGAGGAAAUUUUAAGACAGCGAAAUAGACUUGGCAUGUCCAGUGGACCAGUCUUUGUUACGACUGUUUAAUUAACUUGUUUUUUUCUGACACUAUUAGGCAGUAAAAUCGAAGUAUAUAUAGAUUGUAUAAAAUAGUUAUUUCGGUCAUAGCAUAUAUAAUUAAUAUUUAGCCAUCAUAUAAAGUUCGGUUGUAAACAUAAUGUA